AUGCCUGCUUUCAAAGCAAACGAUGGUGUGAGUCUACACUACGAGACGCAUGGUGACAGUAGUAGCCCGCCGUUGAUUCUGCUCCAUGGUUUCACAGGGUCUGGGCAGGUCUUCCAACGCAAUACUUCGUCGCUUUCGAAGAAGUACUACGUGAUCGUACCUGAUUUACGCGGUCACGGCGAAUCUGAAAAGCCACGUGCUGGAUACCACGUCGCACGACUGGCUUUGGAUUUGAGCAACUUGAUCGAGCACCUGCAGCUCCCCAAAGGCCAAAUAUCAGCGAUUGGCACAAGCCUCGGGGCAGCUAUCCUCUGGUCGUAUUGUGAGCUUUUCAGCACGCGCACGUUUUCACACGUCAUAUAUGUCGACCAGGCUCCAUUGCAGAACUAUCUCUCCGAUUGGGGCCCUGAGUUUGGUAACCGUGGUUGCAACUGUCCGCAGGCAUUGGCAGAGAUGCAGCGCACGCUCGAAGAGGAUGCCAGAACGGCUCAUCUAGGCACCAUCUCUGCUUGUCUGGGCUACCGAUCGCACCCUCAAGCAGGCGAUCCCACCUCAAAGACCAAAGAAUGGCAAGACGACGAAGGCUUCUUUCUUGGCGAAGCGCUCAAGGGAGAGGGCUGGUGGUAUGGGAAGCUGAUGGCCGAUCACACAGCGCUGGACUGGCGGGACGCAAUCAGGCAGAGUUUCGGGCCGGGAAGCGGCAGUCGGACGAAGACGCUGGUGGUUGCGAGCACGAGGAGUGGAUGCUUCCCUGCUGCUGGGCCGCUCAAGGUGGUCGAGUUGGCGAACGGGGGCAAUGAUGGCGGGCUUGCGAGGGGUGUGGCGGUGGAGUGGGGAGGGCACUGGUGUUACUGGGAGAAGCCUGAGCAGUUCAAUGGGCUGGUGCUUGGGUUUCUGGCCGAGUAG